AUGGGUGUUUUAUCACCGUACGAGUCGGCGUUCGACAAUAACAACGCUGCGUACCUGUACAUACGUGCGAUAUGUGGUUGCUGCAGCGAACACAUAGGUGUGUGCGGUAUUUCGUCGGCCGAUGUCACCAACAACGCCCUUUCGUCGCACACAGGAGGCAUUUACCUAACAACGUCCAGUGCAGAGAAAAUUUCAAAAACGUUCAAAAGCGUUAGGAACACUUUCGGCAAUUUAUCGCAGCAUUUCAGGCUGGGAGGGAGACGCAGACAUAGGCUUGCUGAACCGAUAUCACCAUGUAGGAGUCCUUCCACACCUGUUACAAAAAAGAAGGGGCUACUUGGUCGGAGCCCUACAAAGCUGUACAGCCCCUUUGGAAUUGAAACACCCCACAGCCGUGACUUUAGAAUGUCUCCAUACAUGCCUGAUACUCCUGAUGGUUUGUCACCGAAAAGGCGUAAAGGUGUCGCUCACUCGUGGCAUCUUUUGGCCAAGAAGAGGCCCAGAGCACUGUUCCAC